CAAAAACCCAAUCCAGAAAAUCCAACGCCCCGUAUUCCUCCUUCAACCGUCUUCUCAUCUUAGUGACCUCCACGAUUUUACGUUCGCUCACAGUAUAUAUUUAAAUCCAACAUUUUCAAUUCUCUUCAAUUUUUAUAGGGUUUCACUAAUGGCCUCAAUUGAACCUCUCGGAUCGAUAAUCCACAGUCAAAUCUUUGUAAAUUCGAACAAUAGUUCUAAAGAUUUGUAUAGACACAGUUACUUCUGCAAUCGAUUCAGGGUUUUACAUGAAAAUCCGAGUCUUUUCAUUACCAAUUCCUCAUCGUUUAGACUUUUCAAUCUGUACAGACAAGAUGGGUUUUCGAACAAUCUAGUAGGCUUUGGGCUAUGGGGAGGGUUUUUGAAGAACCAAAAUUGGUGUAUUCGAGCUAAUAGUUCAUGUGAACACGACACUGAUUCGAGCGAAACGAGCGAAGCCAAAGGGAGUGAGUCGAAAGGGGUCAGCAAGAAGACACCGAAUACGACCUCGAAGUCGACCCCUUCACGGAGAGAGAAGCAAGGGAAAGGUAAUUGGUGGUGGUCAAAGGGCAAAAAAUGGCAGUGGCAACCGAUAGUUCAGGCUCAAGAAAUCGGUGUAUUGUUACUACAAUUAGGGAUUGUUAUGUUCGUUAUGAGAUUGCUUCGGCCCGGAAUUCCAUUGCCGGGGUCGGAACCGAGGACUCCGACAACGUUUGUAAGUGUUCCAUACAGUGAGUUUUUGAGCAAGAUUAACAGUAAUCACGUCCAGAAGGUUGAGGUUGAUGGGGUUCAUAUUAUGUUCAAAUUGAAGAAUGAACUGGGUGUCUCGGAAGUUGAAGUGGGGAGUGUUAAUAAUAAAUUGCAGGAUUCAGAAUCGUUAUUAAGAAGUGUGACACCAACGAAGAGAAUUGUGUACACGACUACACGGCCAAGUGAUAUUAAGGCUCCGUAUGAGAAGAUGCUUGAGAAUGAUGUUGAGUUUGGGUCUCCUGAUAAGCGGUCCGGGGGAUUCUUAAACUCUGCUUUAAUAGCUUUGUUCUAUGUUGCCGUACUUGCAGGGCUUCUUCAUCGUUUCCCUGUAAGCUUUUCCCAGCAUACAGCUGGUCAACUAAGAAACCGAAAGUCUGUGGGUCCUGGUGGAGCAAAAGUGUCUGAACAAGGGGAAGCUAUCACUUUUGCUGAUGUUGCAGGUGUUGAUGAGGCUAAGGAAGAGUUAGAAGAAAUAGUGGAAUUUCUCAGAAAUCCAGACAGGUAUAUACGACUUGGUGCACGUCCACCUCGAGGUGUUCUCCUGGUGGGUCUUCCUGGGACAGGUAAGACUCUUUUAGCAAAAGCUGUUGCCGGGGAAGCUGAAGUGCCGUUCAUAAGUUGUUCUGCAAGUGAGUUUGUGGAAUUGUAUGUCGGCAUGGGAGCAUCUCGUGUCAGAGACCUCUUUGCAAGGGCAAAGAAGGAAGCACCCUCAAUAAUAUUUAUUGAUGAGAUAGAUGCUGUAGCCAAAAGCCGUGAUGGGAGAUUUCGCAUUGUCAGCAAUGACGAGCGAGAACAAACCUUGAACCAGCUGCUCACUGAGAUGGAUGGAUUUGACAGUAACUCUGCCGUGAUUGUUCUUGGAGCAACCAACCGUUCAGAUGUUUUAGACCCUGCCCUUCGCCGACCUGGGAGAUUUGAUCGUGUGGUUAUGGUGGAAACACCUGACAGGACUGGAAGAGAAGCCAUUUUGAAAGUACAUGUUUCGAGAAAAGAACUUCCUCUGGUAGAAGAUGUCAAUCUUGGUGAUAUUGCUUCUAUGACCACAGGUUUCACGGGGGCAGACCUUGCAAAUUUGGUAAAUGAAGCUGCUUUGUUAGCUGGAAGACAAAAUAAAGUUGUGGUGGAGAAAAUUGAUUUUAUUCAAGCAGUGGAGAGAUCAAUUGCUGGAAUUGAAAAGAAAACAGCCAAGUUGCAGGGUAGUGAGAAAUCUGUAGUUGCACGGCAUGAAGCUGGGCAUGCAGUGGUGGGAACUGCUGUAGCAAAUCUUCUUCGUGGGCAGCCACGAGUUGAGAAACUGAGCAUCUUGCCGAGGUCAGGAGGGGCAUUGGGCUUCACUUACACUCCUCCAACCAAUGAGGAUAGAUAUUUGCUCUUUGUUGAUGAAUUACGUGGACGCUUAGUUACUCUUCUUGGAGGGCGGGCAGCAGAAGAAGUUGUUUACUCUGGUCGUGUUUCAACAGGUGCACUUGAUGAUAUACGGCGAGCAACGGACAUGGCAUACAAGGCAGUGGCUGAGUAUGGCCUUAAUGAGACUAUAGGCCCUGUUUCAGUGGCAACACUUACUGCUGGUGGGAUUGACGAGUCUGGUGGAUCCAUGCCUUGGGGAAGGGAGCAGGGGCAUCUUGUCGAUCUUGCUCAAAGGGAGGUUAAAGCACUGCUGCAAUCUGCACUCGAAGUAGCACUCUGUGUUGUGCGUGCUAAUCCCACAGUUUUGGAGGGGCUUGGGGCCCAUUUGGAAGAGAAAGAGAAAGUAGAAGGUGAAGAACUGCAAGAAUGGUUGAAAUUGGUGGUUGCACCAGCAGAGCUUACAUUCUACAUUAGAGGAAAACAAGGGUCUCUUCUUCCACUACAGUGAUUCUGGAUACCGACUAGCACAUGCUUAACUCGUCUAUCUCAAGUGAAGUAUCGGGCUUUAAGUAUCAAUUCCAGUCACCAUGCCUCAUUUUCAAGCAAAAAUAGAGCUAAUAGAUCUUUGUGCCAUGAUGCCACUGAAAAACACCCCAGUAUUCUCACCAACUCACCCUUGCAAACUUUCUAUAUCUCAUUAAGGUAAUUCGGGAUCAGCCUAACAUUCACCCACUUGUACUUUGUUUCAUACCAUGUUGUAGUGGUUCAAUAAUAUAUAGAAAGAUCAUCAAUUGAAGGUUUAAUGGUGUGAGAGCCUUCACUUAAAGUGUUGUGGCGUUGAAACAGAAAUGAGCCUCCCAUAAUUUGGCGAGUUAGUCUUCGUCUUCCGUUGUAUAUCUGACUCUUAUACAUUACUGGCUAUUGAGAAAUUGUAAUUUGUAUUGUAAGUGUUAUUAACAUUUCCAUUUGUUGAAAUAUAACAUCAUUCCA